AUGCUGGCGAAUUUCCCCGCACCUGUCUUGGCCGUCGCUGCCGACGCUGUCCGCGACCUCGAGGGCCAGGACGCCCUCUGCUCCCUCUGGUCACUGUUCACGAGAUGCAAAGACUCCCUCCAAGACGGUCGACGCCUCGAAAACCUCUCUUGGCGGAUAUGGUACCGCGAG